AUGCGCGAAUGGAGCAUUGAAAUCUAUCUAGUUGAUGAAGAAGGCAAUAAGAUACCGGCUACAAUUUUCGACAAAGUGGUCUAUCACCUGCAUCCUACGUUUGCCAACCCAAAUAGAACGUUCACGGAGCCACCAUUUCAGAUACAGGAACAGGGAUGGGGUGGAUUUCCUCUAGAUAUUAGUUUCUUUCUUCUGGAGAAGGGAGGAGAGAGGAAAAUAACCCAUGACUUGAACUUUCUACAGGAAUCUUAUGAAGUCGAUCAUGUAAUCCAGGUACCCACCAAUAAGCCCAUACUGGCUGCAGAACUGGCCAAGACAGGUCCUAUGGAUGAGUCUGCCGGCACAGUCGCGAAGCGAAAGACUGCCGCAGCCAAUGGCGAGGUGAAGGCCAAGAAGGCCAAAACCGCCAGCACGUCGACUGUAAAAGGGAACGUGGAUAUCGAAAAACUGGCUUUUGGUCUGACGAAGCUGAACGAGGACGACUUAGUCGGUGUUGUUCAAAUGGUCACCGACAACCGUACGCCGGAGAUGAACGUAACGAAUAACGUGGAAGAGGGAGAAUUCAUAAUUGACCUUUACAGUCUGCCCGAUGGCUUGUUGAAAAGCUUAUGGGACUACGUGAAAAAAAAUACAGAGUAA